AUGGGUAUUUGCGAGCGCCUUCUUAACGCAUGGGACGCCGUCCAGAUCGAGCUCAAGGGCGAGUACCCCCCAGCCCGCGUGCUGGCGCUGAAUGAGUACACCAACUCGACGCCAUGGUGGCGCAUCGUCGCGUUCGUCGUCUUUACGCCGCUCCCGUGUCUGAUCUACAUCUGCCUGCCCGAGACCGUCAACCUCUCCCCGCCCUACCUCGGGAUGGUGAGCAACAAGACCUUCUUCGGCCGCUUCUUCCUCUCGUACACGAUGUGGUGGCUGCUGCAGAUGCACAUGAUCAGCGAGCGGAUGCCUCUGCUCUCACUCUCCAAGAAGCAACUUGUGCUAAGUGCGGUGACUGUGGCGGCGUUGUCUACAGUACCUUAUACUAUUCACAUGAUGGCGGUACCCUAUGUGUCGCUCAUGUUCUUCGCGUUCGCCAUCAUUUGGUACCCGCAUGUGCGCAAGAACUGGGGACUGUUGUGGAAAAUUGCAGACGCUGUAUUGAUCUGCGUCUGCCACGGGCUGGUAAUUAUCGGGUAUCCACUGUUCUACUUCUUUUUCCAGAAGAUGCACGGCGUUGAAAGUACCGCAUUUUCGCUGGUGUUGCCACUGUUGAAAACCAUCUACCGGGUCAUGUUCUACUACUUCUGUCGCUCUGCCAGUGGCGAGCGAAUCACGAUCGUUGUGGUGUUCAAUGCCGACCUGUACCAGCCUUCGUGGACGACAACGAUUACUCUCAUGUUUGCCAACGCAGCGCAAGUGGUGUUAAUAGUCCGGGAUAUUGACACUAUUCGCAAAAAAAUUGCGAAGACUGCGAGAAAGAUUGUCGAACUGCGGAGGAACGACAAGUACUCUUCCAAACUCCCUGGAGAGAGAGUGACCACCUUUCGAAUGCUGCCUCGAGCCGCGGACAUCUUCCAGAGAUACAAAUUCGACGUUGACAAGGCUGGUCCCAAGAAGCUCACACAACUUGAGCGCAAGUACGCGAGCUUGGUACGCAAACUCAUGUAUGCAUCAGAGUUCUCCAUCCUCACGGCAUUCGCGGAAGUCAUCACGCCCAUCGUGUAUUCGCUGUAUCUGUUCAUCGUCUUCCACAUGCCCAACCGCGACUACUACUCGCAGAUCGCUAGCAUGGACUCGGCGCACCUGGCCAAGACGGUGCUGAACGUGCUUCUGUACAGCCUCGUGGAGCUCACCUCCUUUAUCGUGCUCACUCAGACACUCAAGAGACGACUCGACUUCUCGACGCUGCACCAGCUUGCGUUCGUGCUGGACAAGUACAUGAUCCACGUGCAGACGGCGAUUAUCUUGUGGGUCUUCUACACGACGCAGAUCUCCCUCGAGCACUACGGCACGGACUAUACUUUUAAGUUCGCAUGGCUGCAUGGCAACUCGACGACUGCUUAA